AUGAGGUUCUCCACCAUUCUGGGAUCUCCAUCUCCACCACACGUGGUGAUCUCGAUCUCCACCAAGAACCAGGAGGUCCAUGAGGUUCUCCACCACGUGGUGGGAUCCAUCUCCACCAAGAACAGGAGGUCCAUGAGGUUCUUCACCAUUUUGGGAUCUCCAUCUCCACCACACGUGGUGGGCUCCAUCUCCACCAAGAACCAGGAGGUCCAUGAGGUUCUCCACCAUGUCAGGAGCUCCAUCUCCACCAGGAACCAGGAGGUCCAUGAGGUUCUCCACCUCGUGGUGGGCUCCAUCUCCACCAUGAACCAGGAGGUCCAUGAGGUUCUUCACCACGUGGUGAUCUCCAUCUCCACCACACGUGGUGGGAUCCAUCUCCACCAAGAACCAAACCAGGAGGUCCAUGAAGUUCUUCACCAUGUGGUGGGCUCCAUCUCCACCAAGAACCAGGAGGUCCAUGUGAGCUCCAUCUCCACCAGGAACCAGGAGGUCCAUGAGGUUCCUCACCACGUGGUGGGCUCCAUCUCCACCUCACAUUGUGGGCUCCAUCUCCACCAAGAACCAAACCAGGAGGUCCAUGAGGUUCUCCACCAUGUCAGGAGCUCCAUCUCCACCAGGAACCACCAGGAGGUCCAUGAGGUUCUUCACCAUGUCGGGAGCUCCAUCUCCACGAAGAACCAGGAGGUCCAUGUGAGCUCCAUCUCCACCAAGAACCAAACCAGGAGGUCCAUGAGGUUCUCCACCAUGUCAGGAGCUCCAUCUCCACCAAGAACCAGGAGGUCCAUGAGGUUCUCCACCAUGUGGUGGGCUCCAUCUCCACCACACAUGGUGGGCUCCAUCUCCACCAUGUUAGGAGCUCCAUCUCCACCAGGAACCAGGAGGUCCAUGAGGUUCUCCACCACGUGGUGGGCUCCAUCUCCACCACACGUGGUGAGCUCCAUCUCCACCAGGAACCAGGAGGUCCAUGUGAGCUCCAUCUCCACCAGGAACCAGGAGGUCCAUGAGGUUCUUCUCCAUCUGGUGGGCUCCAUCUCAACCAAGAACCAGGAGGUCCUUGAGGUUCUUCUCCACGUGGUGGGCUCCAUCUUCACAAGAACCAGGAGGUCCAUGAGGUUCUCCACCAUGUCAGGAGCUCCAUCUCCACCAAGAACCAAAAGGUCCAUGAGGUUCUCCACCGUGUGGUGGGAUCCAUCUCCACCACGUGGUGGGUUCCAUCUCCACCAUGUUGAGAUCUCCAUCUCCACCAGGAACCAGGAGGUCCAUGAGGUUCUUCACCAUGUCAGGAGCUCCAUCUCCACCAGGAACCACCAGGAGGUCCGUGAGGUUCUCCACCACGUGGUGGGCUCCAUCUCCACCAAGAACCAGGAGGUCCGUGAGGUUCUCCACCACGUGGUGGACUCCAUCUCCAUCAGGAACCAGGAGGUCCAUGUGAGCUCCAUCUCCACCAGGAACCAGGAGGUCCAUGAGGUUCUUCACCACGUGGUGGGAUCCAUCUCCACCAUGUUGAGAUCUCCAUCUCCACCAGGAACCAGGAGGUCCAUGAGGUUCUCCACCAUGUCAGGAGCUCCAUCUCCACCAAGAACCAGGAGGUCCAUGAGGUUCUUCUCCACAUGGUGGGCUCCAUCUCCACCAUGUUGUGAUCUCCAUCUCCACCAAGACCUGGAUUGUCUCCGUCCCUUCCCACCUGGCCAAGGAGAAGUCCCUGAGGUCCAUCCCGACCUUCUGGCCGUCAUGAGGAACAUCAUGAGGAACAUCUCAGCUCUGGGGGGUCUCCAUGGAGUUGGGGAGGUUGGAGAAGUUCAGGUGGACACCAGAGGACCACAGUGACCAUUGUCACCAGGGAAAGGACCUGGAGGUCUCCAUGGAGGUCCCCAUGGAGUGGUGGCCCAGGUGGGGGUGGUGGUGGCCGAUUGUCCAUCCUCAUGGAUCUCCAUGAGGUCCAUUUUGGGGUCCAUCAUCUUCUCCUGGUUCUCCAUGAGGUCCAUCAUGGGGUCCACCAUCUCCUGGAUCUCCAUGAGGUCCAUCAUGGGGUCCAUCAUCUCCUCCUGCUUCUCCUGGGGUCCACCACCUUCUCCUGGGUCCAUCUUGGUGUCCACCAUCAACUCCUGGGUCCAUCAUGGGGUCCAUCAUCUCCUCCUGGAUUUCCAUGAGGUCCAU